AUGAUUGACGGUGGCUUGAUCGACGAUGGGGUCAGGGACAGUGUUUUUCCCUUGAUUGAUGGGAAAAAUAUUGAUGAUUUAAAAGUAGUCGACUUGAAGAAAGCAUUGGGACUGAGGGGGCUAAAGAAAUCAGGUCUAAAGGGUGAACUAAAAGAAAGACUUCGCCAGGACAUUAUUAGUCACUCUGUAGAAUCCCUUAGUGAUACGUCAAUUUCAUCCGAAAAACAUAAUGGGACCUCGACAAUCCUUCCAAAUCUACCUAGCUUUAAACCUAUAAACCAUUCUUCAGGUUUUAGGGUUUAUUCGACAGAGGGAAAAUUGUUCUGUGACUUCUUUGAUUUGGCAUAUGAUGAGGCGGUGAAAUGGCGGAAGAAUGUAUUUAAAAUUCCUUCAGGGAAAGCGGGCAAAGAAUUCAUCAAAUUACAAUCACAAUGGCUAUCUAAAUUUAAUAAUGAAGAUAGUUUUAUGGGUAUAUCAUUGAAGGUUUUUAUGACCCUUCCAAUGAUUCUUCUGCAAAAGCCCUCAGUAUCGUCAAAAGCAAAGGAACAUUCGCAAGCCUUGAGCCAUAGAAUCAAAUGGCUAAAAAGAUGGUGA